AUGCAGUUUACUUCCCCCCGGACAAAUUCCUGGAACGAAACCGCCGAUUGCUGUUCCUGGGAAGGUAUUAGCUGCGACAAGCUGACCGGUCAUAUAAUUGCUAUCGAUCUCAGUGACGGCUGUCUUCAGGGUUCUCUCCAUGCAAACUCCACCCUCUUCCAGCUUCGACAACUCCAACAACUCAACUUUGCUUACAACGAUUUCAAUGGCUCUAUCCCAUCACCAUUACUUAACCACUUCGUGAGUUUAACCUAUCUUAAUCUCUCCAGCUCUGGUUUUUCUGGCUUAAUCCCACAUGAAAUCAGCCUCUUGUCGAGCUUGGUUUCACUCGAUCUCUCCUAUUCUAGUUUGACAUUUGAUGCCACAGAUUUCGACAGGCUUUCACGAAACUUAACCAAAUUAAGAAACCUUGUCCUAGAAUAUACAGAUAUGUCUGGUGUUUCAGUUGCUUCCUUCUCGAACUUGUCUUCAUCAAUGGAAACAUUGAGUCUCGGAACUUGUCAGCUACAUGGGGAGUUCCCAAGUGAAGUUUUCAGCCUUCCAUAUCUAAAACAUGUAGAGUUAGCUUGGAAUGAGAACCUCACUGGUUAUCUCCCUAAGACCAACUUGAGUCCUUCCCUUGUGUCGUUAGACCUUUACUAUUGUCGUUUCAAAGGAUCAAUUCCUUCAUCGUUUGGAAAUCUCACUCAAAUCACCUUGCUAGAUUUUACUCAAAAUGAUUUCCAAGGAGAGAUUCCAGAUGUUUUUGAAAACUUGGACAAAUUGACUAUUCUGAAAUUUGGUUCCAACAAUUUUAGUGGUCAGGCUCCUACGACUGUGUUCAACCUCACCCAAGUUACUCAGAUAGAUUUGUCCCACAAUCGAUUAGAAGGAACCCUGCCAAAUCAUGUUACUCGGCUGCAAUUUCUUCAAUAUCUUACCUUAUCUAAUAACCUUAUAAGUGGUGGAGUACCGGUAUGGUUGUUUUCUUUGCCAUCUUUGAUAACCAUAGACCUCAGCUAUAACAAACUCACUGGGUCCAAUCCCUCUUCUCUUUUUGAUCUUAAUAACCUUUCAUCCCUUCUUCUUUCGUCAAAUAACUUUAGUGGUGUCAUCGAGUCAAGCAUUCUGUCGAAGCUGGAAAAUCUUUAUGAUCUUCAGCUUUCGAAUAAUGGUUUAGUAUCAUUAAGCAGCAGCAAUGAUGGUGUAAACUAUUCAUUUCCUCAGCUUACUAGAGUGUUAUUCUCGUCGUGUAGCGUAAGGAAGUUCCCGAGUUUCUUUCGAACAUCGAAGGUGGAGGUUUUAGAUCUUUCCAAUAACAAGAUUUCAGGUGGAAUUUCUAAAUUGGAAGCUGAAGGGUGGGAGGGAUUGAACAUGUUGAACCUUUCCAACAAUUUUCUAACAAGUUUGGAGCAGAUUCCAGGAAAAUAUCUUCAGAUUCUUGAUCUUCAUUCCAACUUACUUCAAGGGCCAAUUCUCUCUACUUGGUUCAAUCUUCCACCUCCAAAUCCACCAUACUUGAGUUUGCUUUUAAUAUCGGAGAAUAUAUUGACCGGUAAUAUCCCUUCUUUGAUCUGCAAUUGGACUUCAUUGGUGGUUCUCGACUUGUCUAAGAACAACAUGAGUGGAACUAUUCCAGAAUGUCUUGGAAACUACAGCAAUGGUCUCCAGUUCAUAAAUUUGCAGGUGAACAAUUUCCAUGGAAAAAUCCCAGAUUCUUUUACGAAUAAUAUGCUGAAGAAUCUUCUCCUCAAUGACAAUCAAUUGGAAGGAUCACUGCCUCGAUCAUUGGCCAACUGUGCUUCCUUGGAAGUUCUAAACUUGGGGAACAACAACUUAACUGAUACAUUUCCCCAUUGGUUAGCUUCACUUCCAAGUCUCCAAGUUCUUAUCCUGAGAUCCAAUAGAUUCCAUGGUUCCAUCUCCAAUUCCAUAGCUUCAUCGAACUUCUCCGCACUGCAAAUCAUCGAUUUCUCUCAGAACGAACUCAGUGGCCCUUUGCCUGCAAAUUUUUUCCGUAAUUUGAGAGCAGUGAAAGAUGCACCCAAAGAGAAACUUCCAGGGUCAUAUUUAUUCAAGACUGAUGCUCGAGUUCGAUAUGUCUAUCAAUUCUACCAAAGUCCAGUCAAUGUUACGAUGAAAAGGUUAAAGCUUGAGUUUCUGAAAAACUUGGCUCUCUUAACAGCCAUGGAUUUUUCAAACAACCUGUUCACUGGACAAAUUCCGAAGGAACUCGGAGAUCUAUUUUCCCUGCAAGUCCUCAACUUAUCUCACAACAGCUUCGCCGGUCCAAUCCCUUUGUCUUUCGCUAACAUAGUAGCGCUUGAAUCAUUAGAUCUAUCAUCCAACAAGCUCAGCGGCAGAAUUCCUUCGAAAUUGACAAAUCUAACAUUUCUUGCAGUGUUAGAUCUUUCAAAAAACGAGCUAGUCGGACCGAUUCCAAAUGGGAAUCAAUUCAGCACGUUCGAUAAUGUUUCGUAUAGCGAUAACUUGGGAUUGUGUGGCAUGCCAUUGUCAAGGCAAUGCAGCACCCUCGGAAAAAGAACACCAGCACCACCUGCACCAAUGGUUAGGGAAGAUGAAGGUUUCGUAAUACCCUUUCUUUGGGAAGUUGUAAUGAUGGGGUACGGAUGUGGAACAGUGUUGGGAUUAAGCUUUGGUUACAUCGUUUUCACAACCGGAAAACCAUGGUGGAUCGUGAGAAUAGUUGAAAGGGAUCUGCAAACCAAGUUUACAAAGUGGGUGAAGAACAGAACACAUUCAAAAUGA